UUUUCUAUAAACACACAUCCAUAGUUUCCAAGGCUCGUAAUUAAGCAGCCCAUGGCAGCAAUGGAGGAAGAGUACUACUCCCAUUUCCCCUCUGAUCUGGACCUCAGCUUCACCAGCUGCACCUCCACCACCAGCGCCCGCAGCAGCUUAGCACGCAGCAGCUUGACUCUCAGCUUCAACGAAUCCCGCCUCUCCUCCUCCACCUCCACAGCCGCUACUACUCCCCGCUACAGCCGUCCCCACCGCAGCUCCGACCCGCAUUGGGCUGCUAUCAAAGCUGCCACCAACAUAUCCUCCGACGGCAAACUCCAUCUCCGCCACCUAAACCUCCUCCGCCACCUCGGCACUGGAAACCUCGGCCGCGUCUUCCUCUGCCGCCUCAGAGACUAUGAGCACGCCAACUUCGCUCUCAAGGUGGUGGACAAGGACUCGCUCACCAGCAAAAAGCUCUCCCACGUCCAAAUGGAGGCCCAAAUCCUCUCCAUGCUCGACCACCCUUUCCUCCCUACACUCUACGCCCACCUCAACGUUUCUCACUACGCCUGUCUCCUCAUUGACUACUGCCCCGGCGGGGACCUCCACUCCCUCCUCCGCAGACAGCCCAACAACCGCCUCUCCCUUCAGGCCGUCAGGUUCUUCGCCGCCGAGGUCUUGGUAGCCUUGGAGUAUUUGCACGCUCUCGGCGUUGUUUACCGGGAUCUGAAACCGGAGAACGUUUUGAUCCGUGAAGACGGCCACAUCAUGCUGUCUGACUUUGACUUGUGCUUCAUGGCCGACGUGGCCCCCACGUUGCAGCAGAGCCGGGCCCACCGCACCACCAGGAGCCGCAGCUUCAACUGCUUGGGCUCGGUUCCUACAAAACUCGACCGGGAGGAGAGAGCGGCCGAGUUCGUUGCCGAGCCUACGACGGCGUUUUCGAGGUCAUGCGUUGGGACCCACGAGUACUUGGCGCCGGAGUUGGUCUCCGGGAGCGGUCAUGGCAGCGGCGUUGACUGGUGGGCUUUCGGGGUUUUCAUCUACGAGCUGUUGCACGGGACGACGCCGUUCCGGGGAGGCAGCAAAGAGGGCACCCUGCGCAACAUAGUGUCGAGCAGGCAGGUCAGAUUCCACGUGGCGGAGAGAGAGAAGGAGGAGGCGAGGGACUUGAUAGAGAAAUUGCUGGUGAAGGACCCAAGGAGGAGGCUGGGCUACGCCAGGGGCGCCACCGACAUUAAAAGGCACCCUUUUUUUGAUGGGAUUAAGUGGUCGCUGAUCCGAAACUACAGGCCACCGGAGGUGCGUGGGCUGGCGAGGAGGGGAAAGACCCACGUGGGCCACGUCAGCGCUGGGGCGACCCACAAAAGAAGGCAGCGGUGGUGGUGGAAGAGAGUCGGUUUAUUUUCGUUGAAAAAGAAGAAGGCCUCCAGAUGUAACUCAACUCACAACAGCAAUUACUACCAUUACGUCAGUGAUAAUAAUAGCCAUAAUAAUAAUAAUAGCCACAUAUAGUAAGUAGGGUUAGAGGGUGGUGCUAAACUUGAUUUUUUUUUCUUGUAAUGCAAGUCUGAUGGGAGAGAAAAUUGAAAGGACAAGAUAGUAAAAAAGGCUGUGACAUUUUCCGUAAAGUCUU